AGUCAAAGUGGUUUUAAAUAACCACACCCCUUUCGAGUUGAAAACGUUUCAAGUUCAUAGAGUGGAAUUUUGCAUCAGUAAAUCAAUGGUGCAUAAUUCUGAGGAAAACCCUUACAAUCACUCUAUUUCCAUUGAAAAUUUAAACCGCUAUAAGCAUUUUCUCUAUGGACUUAACACCCAAGUUAAUCAGCUUGAGAAGCAAGUAAAGGAGGUUGAACAGUUUUACCAAUCCAUUGAUGUUCAAAACAAUGAUUGCAAAAACAAAGGCCGGGAGAAGCCUCCUACUGGAUCUAAGAAGCCACUGCAACGUGCUUCGGAAGAAAUGCAAGAGGAGGUCAUGCGCCAUUUCUCCAAAAUGUUGAGUGAGAUAACUCAGCACAAAUGGGCAUGGCCCUUUUUGGAACCUGUAGAUGUUGAAGGUCUCGGGCUGGAUGAUUAUUUUGAGAUCAUAGAGAAGCCUAUGGAUUUUAGCACUAUAAAAAGAAAAAUGAAUGAUAAAGAAGGCUCUGGUUAUAAGAAUGUGAGGGAGAUAUAUGCUGAUGUAAGGCUUAUUUUUAAUAAUGCAAUGAAAUACAAUGAUGAAAAGAGUGAUAUCCAUGUGAUGGCAAAGACCUUGCUGGACAAGUUUGAGAAGAAAUGGCUGCAUCUUUAUCCUAAAGUUGCUAAGGCUGAGAGUGAACUAUCAAAAGAAGAAGCACGUGAGAAUUUGACUAAAAAACUUGCUCAAGAAACUGCUUAUGCCAACAUGACUAGGAAAUUAAGCACUGAGCUUUCUAAGGCAGAUGUGACUUUGACGAAUCUCAAAACUACAAUGAUUGCAAAAUGCAGGAAACUGUCACCUCGGGAGAAACUGUUACUUGCAGCUGAAAUCACUAAAUUGACUCCUGAUAACCUCCGCAACGCAUUAGAGAUGCUUAAUGAGAAUAAUCCAAAUUUCCAAUAUAGUGCCGACAAUGUGACUACUGAAGAUGUGACCCUUGACCUUGACUAUCAGAGCAACUACAACGCGUGGAGAUUGUAUAUGUUUGUCAAAAAUGCGGUAGAACUUCAAGAUGCAACAAGCGCGGUUACUCAUGAUGUCAACAUUGAGGAAAAGGAACCAGAUGCCAAAAGGAGGAGAAUGGUGUGAUUCUCUUACCAAAGUCAUGUAAUAAGAACAAAAAAUAAAAAAAUAUCUAUGAUGUGGUUCAAUUAAGCAACAAAUAAGGUAGUUUUCUAGAUUUUAGUUUGGCCACAAGCGGUAGAGCAUGAAAAUACCAAUAAUAAGCUCUCCUUGUUUGACAAUUUUUUGGAACAUAUUGAACUACAAUCUUAAGUAAGCUCUCCAUGUUUGACAAUUUUUUGGAACAUAUUGAACUGCAAUCUUAAGUAUUCAGCAUACUUUUUAAGGUAA